AGUGCCGUUGAGUCCCAAUAACUUCUUCGAGAAGGCAGGAAAGCCAUACUGUGAACGCGAUUAUCACAAAUUAUUCUCUCCUCCCUGUGCUGGUUGUGAUCAACCAAUUAAAGACACGAAAAAAAUGGUUAAGGCGUUGGGCAAGAACUGGCACCCGCAGUGCUUCCAGUGUCACAAAUGCCAUAAAGUAUUGUCACCUGAUGAUUUCAUGGAAAAGAGUGGUAAACCUUAUUGUAAAGAAGAUUAUCACAAACUAUUUUCGCCCAAAUGCUCCGAAUGUAAUCUCCCGAUUGAGGGAACGCCAUUGGUUGCAAUGGGCCGUCAAUGGCACCCGAACUGCUUUAAGUGCUUUCAGUGUGGAGUGCCUUUGAGUCCUAAUAAUUUCAAAGAGCACGACGGAAAGCCUUAUUGUAAUAAACACUUUCAAGAGAUGUUUUUGCCUAAAUGUUACGGAUGCAAACUUCCUAUCGCUGAUAAAGUACUGAAGGCUUUAGGAAAGACAUGGCAUCCCGAGUGUUUCGCUUGCGUUCAGUGUCACAAACCGUUGGGCACUGACGGAUACCGUGAGAAGGAUGGUCUGCCGUACUGUGACUUCGACUAUCACGCGCUCUUCUCCCCCAAGUGUGCCGCAUGUCAUGCGCCCAUUCGGGAGGUCUAUUCACUUCACUCCACGCUUUCUAUUCAGUUACUAAUCAUUGAAAUGUCUGACAGCUAUGGGCAGGACAUGGCAUCCCGAGCACUUCCUGUGCCAACACUGCAACAAACAGUUGAGUGAAGACCCGGAGGGAUAUCACGAGCACAACGACAAG